CACCCACACUCUUGUCCUAGGCCCUCCUGCCCUUGUACUCCGUCCCUACCGGGCCGCGCGGUGACGCCUUCGUGUGUCCGCAGGAAGCCUCGUGCAGGUGCCCGCCGACAAGCCCCGGACGUCCAGAAGCAGGCUGACCAACUUCAAGAGCGAAAAGGAGGCCCUGCGCCAAUGCUUCCUCUUCUCCAACCAUCUCAUUUUGGCCACAAGGACGUCUGGCGGCCGCUUGCAUCUGGUGCCUGACAUCGGGAAGAUCCCGCUCGCCGACGCCUUGCUUAUCGAGGACCCCAGCGAGCAUGGUGUGAAUGAUGAUGAUGGUAACAUUGUUUCUUUCAUUGCUGACAACUGCACUGAACCCUUGUGCUUUAACAAGUCAGUGCUUUCUGUCAGCAUAUUGUCAAAAACUGAAAUAUAGUGCUUUCAGAAUCAUCAGUAUGUUCCAUGUCUAGCCAAUCAAGUGGCAUCAGUGAAACAUCCAGUGGAAGCUCUAACCUUCACAACAGGGAUUUCAAAAUUAUACUGGAUGUAAAAACAGGGGCCCAGUCACAGGUGGUUGUCCACCUUGUGGCUCCCAAUUUGCAAGAGAAAGCUGCGUGGAUCAGUGACAUAAGUCAGUGCAUGGACAAUGUACACUUCAAUGAUUUGCUGCACAGCUCAAUGUCUGAUACAUCAUCUGUAACAAUGCCACAAUCCAUCAAAAACGAUCCUAAAUUAUUCAAAGAUGAUGUUGAUAUAAGAUUUAGUCGUACUCUGAAUUCUUGCAAGGUGCCUCAAAUUCGAUAUGCUACUCCAGAAAGAUUAUUGGAACGUCUAACUGAUUUGCGUUUCCUUUCUAUUGAUUUUCUCAACACAUUUCUACUAACGUACAGAGUGUUCACAGAUGGUGUAACUGUUCUGGAAGCCCUGAAAAGGAAUGAACUGGACUCAAAGUGGAUAUCUCAUCUUGGCAAGGCAGUUUCAGUUGCACAGCUGGGUCGUGAUGACCACACCACUUUGUCUUUGGUGUACGACACUGAUCGUCGAAGAAGUAGUGUGUCUCCUAGACGGACAAGUGGAGCAAGCUCUGUGUCAGGUUAUGGUUCAGAGAUGAGCGAUCGCGAUCGAGAUCGCAGCCACAGCUAUGAUUCUCAAGCGUUCUCCUCCAAGGGUCACUGGAGAUGUAGCUACCGCAAGUUCGAGGAGGACCAGCGCGAGCUGGGGCUCAUCAAGGAGGGCCCGCCCAUCAUCCGACAGAGCCCCACGCACGCGCCGCCAGCCAGCGCCACGCCGCGCAAGAGCGUCAGCAUCCGCGUGCAGGCGGAGGACGACGGCCGCCACCUCACCAUCCCCAGGACCAUCGCCGUCUCCUCCAGCGCCGAGACGCUCACAGAUAAUACUGUACUUAGUGCACCUUCAUCGCCCAGUAAUCUAAGUACUGUGACGCUGGUGGGCUCGAACAAUUCCGACCCUAGUCCCCAAGGAUCGGAUGCGACUGUGGUGCCGGAGAGCGAUUCCCAGCAGCCAGAAGGCGUCUCGAACGAAGACACUCCCAAAGGAGAGACGGGGCAGUUCACGUACGAGGAUCAGCAGCCGGAAUUAACGCAGGAGACGGCGUCGGCGCCAGCGCCGCCCGAGCCGAAGCCAACAGCGCAGCCGAAGGGCCAAGCCAAGGCGAAAACCCAGGACUACCACGCAACGACCUAUGACUCCAGUCAUCGCCCCAGCAAGUCUUCCCAAGGCAGUUGGUCCGAAGCGGCGCACGACGACCACGGAAACGAAGCACUGCCGGAAAGAAUUAUGGCCAGUUCAUCGAGAUCGGCGUCCAUUACAACCGGUGUUAUUCAGACGUAUUACACUGGUCGGCGUUCGAUGCAAGAAGAUGGCGGCGGGGGGAGCGUGUCCCAGAGAACUAGCUUCCAACACGAUUCCCCCCAAAACUCAAGUAAAGCUGGAGUGGUAAUCACGUCAUUCAGGCAGUCUCAAAGAAGGAGCAGCACGUCGACGGCGGCGGCGGCGUUCGCCAUCGCGACGUCGGCGUCCAGCAACCCGCGCGACGUGGCGUCCCCCGCGCCCAAGGCCGCCCCGGGCGCCGGCGGCCGCUGCAGCGUGGGCGACGCCAGCCUCCGCUCGGGCAGUUGCCGCGAGCGCAACCGCCGGAAGGAGUCCGUCAUGUCCACGGCCGCCACCAUGCGCGUGCUCAACGUGCUGCGCCACUGGGUCUCCAAACACGCGCAGGAUUUUGAGCUGGAUCAGCGUUUGAAAAAUUUAACAAUUGAGUUCCUGGAGGACAUCAUCUACAGUCCAAACCUGCUGCCAGCCGAGCACAAAGCUGCCUCGCAGCUGCUGCGACUCAUCACCAAGGAAGAACCAGAAAGCAAUAAAGUGGAUUUGGAUCUCCUUUUGGCUCCACCAAUGACUCCGAGCAAAGAAAACAUUGAGACAUUGUCAGCCUUGGAAAUUGCGGAACAAAUGACGUACGUCUCCCAAUUGGUUGUGUCUGAAAUUGUGCGGCGUUCCAAUAUGGCAGCUCGAAUAUCUGUAAUUGAAAAAUGGGCAGCGGUAGCUGACAUUUCAAGAUGUUUGCACAAUUUUAAUGGAGUUCUUCAAGUGUGUGCUGCAUUCACAAACAGUGCAGUAUUUCGAUUGAAGAAGACGUGGGAAAAAGUUUCAAAAACAACAAAGCAAACUAUUGAAAAGCUACAAAAUAUAAUUGCUCAUGUAAUUCGAGAAAUACGCCAUUUUCAACAGACUCCUUAUAAAAUUGAACUUAUUCAAAAAGUGACAAACUACCUUUUAGAUCCCUCCCUUCUUCUUGACGAUGAUGAGCUCUAUCGAAUGUCUUUGGAAAUUGAGCCUCGUACUUCACGAUUAAGUUCAUCCGCUCUAGCGCAAUUACCUCUUUCUUCGCAGUCCUCAUCUCGCUCUUAGGGUAUAAGAAGUCCAAAUCUGGAUGGAUUUCACUAAUGGGAAGUUCAAUUGUCUCUCAACAGACAUUCUCACCUUUUGAACAUGCUCUUUUACAUUUUGCCACAUGAAAAAAAAAUUAAAAAUAUUUUAAGAAUAACAUACACAGAAGCAAAAUACAAUGCUAAGGUCCUAUGUAAUGUGUUAAUGAAAUUUCAUGGAAAAGAGUUGUUCAUUUGUUUUAUAAUGAUUUCUAGUGGCUUAUAUGAAAUAUGUUCAACAGAAGAAAUUUUCUUUUAUAAAACAUUCGUUACCAUUAAAAUUUUAAUUUUAAAUUAAGAGAUUUUUCAAGCUUGAUUAUUUUAAUAAUUUGUCGUCUGCUACCCAAAACCACAGUUUUCUAGAACUAUAUUAAAAGUUGCAGUGAAAUAAUUCAGUUUAUUAAAUGUCUUUCUGUGAUUACCAAUUAGUGAGAGAGAUACAUAACGUUCGGAUUGUAAGCAAUGUACAAAACACUGAUCUUUGCUGCCUUUCUUUUAUUAGUCAGAGUAUAACAAAUAUUUUCAUUUUGACAGGAAAUAAAUGUACAUUAGUUUAAUUGUAGUAAGCUGUAGAUUGCUUAUAAAUAGUUGCUAUAAUUUGUAUUGCUCAACAAUUGUUAAAAAUAUUAAGGAAGACUUUGUGCAAAUGGUUGUGAGCUCCCCACUCCAUACACAACUUAACUGACAGAAUUGGUAGCAAUACUGUACAGAAAAGCAUGUAAGAUAAUUACUGUGUAAAUGGCCAUUAGUUACAAGAUAUCCUCAGAACAUGUACAUAGGAUCCCCAUGUUAAGUUUUGUUAAGUAUAUAAAAUGAUGUUGAAGGGUAAAUGCACCUGAAACAGUAACUAAAGUAGAUGUUAAAAUAUGGAACUCCUUAAAUGUGUCAAUACGUCAAAAUAGCUGCAGUCGUUCCCAAGGAGACCUGGUUGUGAUGAAACUUGUGAGUGAUAAUCACCUACAUUUGACAUAGAAUUUAUUCAUUGUCAAUACAUUUUACCUACCUAUAUUUAAUGGAACAAAAACAAGUAUAAACCUUUCUGAAUUUUAUUGCUAUGUAGAAAUAUGAAAUGUAGACCAAACAUUAGCUCAACACCAACUAUGUGCCAGAAUGUGUAUGUUCAGUGUAUUGAUAUGCAUAUUAAUACUGUAUGUCUCCUAGUCUUGUAUGAUGCGUAACGGGUAUUGUUAGUAAAUUUGAAGUUAACAUAAUAUUAUUGUGAGCUCUACAUCUUGGAUAUUUCUUGAUGUAAUGUGAUGUUUGGAAGCAAGUUUGUCACUGAAAGGUGAAUGCUGAUAAAAAAUUUUCUCUUUCAAAUAGUUUCCAUAUGUAAACAUUUACUUCCAAGUCUGCAAAUAAAAAAUGUUGAUAUUCAAAGUCAAAACAAUGGUAUGGAAGAGUAUGUAGAGCCAAUUGCAAGGCCAAAGCGAUGAAAGGAAAACUAAUGAAAAUUUAUAAUGUUGAAUCAUAACAAAUAUUGGAAGAUCCCUGUUGAUCGUAAUAAUGUUUUCCUAUUUUUUUGAAAAAGAAAAAAAAUUAUUCGAAUUUAUCUAUUUGUAAGAUACUAACUACAAGAGAAAAAGAUGAAAGCCUAUAUUAUUACAUCACUAAAAGUAGAACACUAAGAAAAAUUCAUUUCCUCUCUUUUGAGAGUUCCUUUCUACAAAUUACAAACUAAAGAAAUUAACUUAUUUAUUUUUCUUGAAAUAAUGUUUUUAUAAAUUAUUCUCAAUUCAAAAAGUUGUUUAUCAAGAGAUAUCUAGUUCACUAUUUAACAUACCAAGGAAUCUUUCUCAUAAUCUUAUAAAUCCAUCUGUAUAUCAUUCAUUUCAUACAUCACUGUGUCUUCCCUUAGCCAAUAACAGUUUCAGAAUCUGUUAUUUUUGCUCUUUCAAAAUGUGAUCUUGUUAUAAACGUGUAGUUGGUAAUAUAGCUUCUAUUUUAAUUGUAAGUUUAAAGCAAUAUAGCAAAACCUCAUGAAGGGUAUUAACAG